GACUGUGUAUUGAAGGUGAAGAUCAGUUCAGCACCACGAAGAGACAACAGUAGGAGACGCUGUAAAGGCUUUGGAGGUUCCGCGUGUGGACGACGGCACCAGCAGCCCUGUCAGCCGCUGCGACGACAUGAUGGAGAACCUGAACCUGGACUUGAUACAGCUGAGUGACAGGGAAGGAAACAACUCUCAGGACAGCAGCAUCGCGGAAAAGGAGUAUCUUCCUGUUCCUCAGAACGUCAAGAUCACCAAUAUCACCUGUGACUCCUUCAAGAUCAACUGGGACAUGGACUGUAGAGCCAAGGACCGCAUCACUAACUACUUCCUAGACCUCAACAAAAAGGAGCACAACAACUCCAACAAGUUCAAACACAAGGAUGUCCCCACUAAGCUGGUGGCGAAGGCGGUGCCACUGCCCAUGACAGUGAGAGGCCACUGGUUCCUGAGCCCCAGGACAGAUUACACUGUAGCUGUCCAGACUGCCUCCAAGCAGAGUGACGGGAACUAUGCCGUCUCUGAAUGGAGUGAGAUCAUUGAAUUCUACACUGCAGACUACUCCACUGUGCAUCUGACACAGUUGCUGGAGAAGGCUGAGGGGGUAGCUGGCAGGAUGUUGAGCUUCUCAGUGUUUUAUCGGAACCAGCAGGAGGACUACUUCAAUAAAACGAGAGAGACACAGGAGAAACGGAUGCUCCCGGCUGUAAAGGACAACAGUGGCAGCCACGGCUCUCCCAUCAGUGGCAAGCUGAAAGGCAUCUACUUCAGCUGCAACACGGAGUUCAACACAGGCAAGCCCCCGCAGGACUCCCCCUACGGACGCUACCGCUUCGAGAUCCAGGCCGAGGCCCUGUUCAACACCAAGACCAACCUGUACUUCGGGGACUUCUACUGCAUGUACACAGCCUACCAUUACGUGAUCCUGGUGCUGGCCCGAGAGGGCUCCCCAGGGGACCUAUUCUGUAAGGGCCGUCUCCCGGCGCUGGACAUCUCAGACAACCGCUUCCUGACAUGCACCCAGGAGGAGGAGGAGGGGCGGCUGGUGUUCCACCACGCCCAGGAUGUGAUUCUGGAGGUGAUCUACACCGAGCCCGUGGACCUGGCCCUAGGCAGCGUGGAGGAGAUCCAAGGACACCAGUUCAGUAGCAUGUCUACCAUCAAUGCUAAGAAGGACCCCAGUUGCAAGACCUGUAACAUUAGCGUGGGGCGCUAACUGGCUAACUGUGGGGGAGGGAGGGGGUGUUACUACGAGGUCCCUGCAGUUCUACGGAUAAUAAUACUUCUCUACCCCUAUUGGCUGUGGUGAUUCUCUAAUCCUAUUGGCUGUGGUGAUUCUCUAACCCUAUUGGCUGUGGUGAUUCUCUAACCCUAUUGGCUGUGGUGAUUCUCUAACCCUAUUGGCUGUGGUGAUUCUCUAAUCCUACUGGCUGUGGUGAUUCUCUAACCCUAUUGGCUGUGGUGAUUCUCUAACCCUACUGGCUGUGGUGAUUCUCUAACCCUACUGGCUGUGGUGAUUCUCUAACCCUAUUGGCUGUGGUGAUUCUCUAACCCUAUUGGCUGUGGUGAUUCUCUAACCCUACUGGCUGUGGUGAUUCUCUAACCCUAUUGGCUGUGGUGAUUCUCUAACCCUAUUGGCUGUGGUUAUUCUCUAACCCUAUUGGCUGUGGUUAUUCUAUAUCCCUAUUGGCUGUGGUUAUUCUAUAUCCCUAUUGGCUGUGGUGAUUCUUUAACCCUAUUGGCUGUGGUGAUUCUGUAAUCCUACUGGCUGUGGUGAUUCUAACAGACAUCAGUCAUAUUAUACAGGUGCAAUGUAAUGAUAUGCCAAAGGUAACAACACCUUGACCAAGCUGCUAGAAACAAGCUGUGGUAACAGCUUCAACAAGGCAUAAUGAAUUAGUAUUAUGUGACAUUGUCUUGUAAUGGAAUGUAAUGAUUACUGGAUCAUUCUAAUGUUAUUGUCACGUCCUGACCAGUAAAGGGUUUAUUUGUUAUUGUAGUUUGGUCAGGACGUGGCAGGGGCGUAUUUGUUUUAUGUGGUUCGGGGUGUGUGUUUAUGUAGAGGGGUGUUUGGUUAGUGUCUUCCGGGGUUUUUGGGCUAUGUUCUAUGUUAGUAUAUUUCUAUGUUCUAGUCUUUUUAGUUCUAUGUUUAGUUUAUUGAUUUGGCCUUCAAUUGGAGGCAGCUGCUCCACGUUGCCUCUGAUUGAAGGUCCUAUAUAGAGGGGUGUGUUUUGUUUGGGUUUUGUGGGAAGUUGUGAUUGCAUAGCUGUGUUUAGCCUGUAAUCCUGUUCGUUCAUAUGUUUUCUUGUUUUGUUUUCUUAAGUAUUCAAAAUAAAUAAAUAUAUAAUGAGCACUCAACCCGCUGCGCUUUGGUCCACUUACUACGACGACCGUUACAGUUAUCUUGUAAUGGAAUGUGAUUACUGGAUCAUUCUAAUGUUAUCUUGUGAUGGAAUGUGAUUACUGGAUCAUUCUAAUGUUAUCUUGUAAUGGAAUGUGAUUACUGGAUCAUUCUAAUGUUAUCUUGUAAUGGAAUGUGAUUAUUACUGGAUCAUUCUAAUGUUAUCUUGUGAUGGAAUGUGAUUACUGGAUCAUUCUAAUGUUAUCUUGUCAUGGAAUGUGAUUACUGGAUCAUUCUAAUGUUAUCUUGUAAUGGAAUGUGAUGAUUACUGGAUCAUACCAAUGUUAUCUUGUAAUGGAAUGUGAUGAUUACUGGAUCAUUCUAAUGUUAUCUUGUAAUGGAAUGUGAUGAUUACUGGAUCAUUCUAAUGUUAUCUUGUAAUGAAAUGUGAUUACUGGAUCAUUCUAAUGUUAUCUUGUAAUGGAAUGUGAUUACUGGAUCAUUCUAAUGUUAUCUUGUAAUGGAAUGUGAUGAUUACUGGAUCAUUCUAAUGUUAUCUUGUAAUGAAAUGUGAUUACUGGAUCAUUCUAAUGUUAUCUUGUAAUGGAAUGUGAUUACUGGAUCAUUCUAAUGUUAUCUUGUAAUGGAAUGUGAUUUCUGGAUGAUUCUACGGCAGGGAUUCAUUCCGAUCGCGGGUUAUAGGUAUUGCGGUUUUUAAAGACAAGUUCCUAUGGAGCUGAUAUUUGCAGCGUUUCCAGUGAAUGGGAUCUCCACGAAUGAAGGAACAAUGCCUUUAAAGCCGCGAUGGGAUUGAAUCCCAGCCUGAAGCAUAGCAGGUUGCAGCAUUACACUGAUGUCAGUCUGAUGUCUGAUGGGUUCUGUGUUAUAUGUAUUACCAUCAUUAAACAGAAACUACAUUAUCCUGUGUUCAACAUAAUAAACAUCA